GCGGUCCCGGUGUCCCAGGCGAAGGCGCUGGUGCACUACAAUGGGGCGCUGGGUGACAGCUCAUUCGCGCAGAUGGCGCUCGCGUAUCGAUACUGGAGCGGCGUCACGGUCCCCAGCUCGUGUUCCAAAGCCCUGGAUCUAUACAUGAAGGUUGCUUCUAAAGUGGCCAGCCAGGUAACAUUCAGUGGAGGUCCAGCGAUACACAGGACUCGUCUGAUGGACGAGGCGGAGAGCGGCGGCGCCGGCGCAGCGCUCGACAGUGACCUCAUAGAAUACUACCAGCUGUUGGCUGAAAAGGGAGAUGUGCAAGCGCAGGUCGGUCUAGGCCAGCUACACUUCCAAGGCGGUAGAGGAGUUACCCUGGACGUGAACAAGGCGAUGCACUAUUUCCAACAGGCCGCUAAGACAGGCAACGCGGUCGCCAACGCGUUCCUUGGCAAGAUAUACUUAGAAGGAGGUGAAGGUAUAAAACCGGACAAUGAGACUGCGCUCCGAUACUUCAGAAAAGCGGCAGAACUGAACAAUCCAGUGGGACAGAGCGGUCUAGGGUUUAUGUACUUACAGGGUCGUGGAGUACCGAAGGAUACGAAUGUAGCGUUCAAAUAUUUCACAAUGGCCGCCAACCAGGGUUGGGUUGAAGGACAGUUGCAUUUAGGCUUCAUGUACUUUGGCGGCAUCGGCGUGGCGCGCGACUUCAAGCAAGCGAACAAGUACUUCUCGUUGGCGUCUCAGUCGGGCCACGUGCUCGCGCUGUACCACCUCGGACAGAUGCACGCGCAAGGGCUCGGGGUCAUGAUGUCUUGCACCACGGCUGUUGAGCUGUUCAAGAACGUGUGCGAGCGCGGGUCGUGGGGCGCGCGGCUGAUGCUGGCGCACGCGGCGCAGCGCGAGGACUCCGACUCCUCCUUCCUGCAGUACCUCGCGCUCGCCGAGAGGGGCUACGAGGUCGCGCAGAGCAACGCCGCGUUCCUGCUCGAUAACGAGAAUAAGGGCCAGGCGCAGGCGCGGUUGUUCGGCGAGCGCGAGCGCUGGGCGCGUGCACUGCAGCUGUGGGCUCGUGCGGCGGCGCAGGGCAGCGGCGGCGCGCGCGUCAAGCUCGGCGACUACCACUACUACGGACUCGGCACGCCCGUCGACCUCGAGGCCGCCGCGCAUCACUACAGGAUAGCCUCGGAGCAGCUGCACAACCCGCAGGCGAUGUUCAACCUGGGCUACAUGCACGAGCGCGGGCUGGGGCUGGCGCGCGACGUGCACCUGGCCAAGCGCUGCUACGACCUGGCGGCGGAGGCGGCGCCGGACGCGCGCCUGCCCGCCGCGCUGGCGCUGGCCCGCCUCAACGCAGAGGCCGCGCUGCACCAGCUCGCGCAGAGUCCUCUCGCUAUGAUAUUCCUAACGGGCGGCGAGUCGACAUUCCUGUCCAACUGGGACCUGUACCUCAUCACAGCGCUGUUCGGAGCCCUGGGACUGGUGGUCUAUCUCCGCAGGCCCACGCAGCAGCCUGCCAACUGAACCGUAGACAAUCGUGAUGGCUAGAGACGAUAAAAGUGAUAAAUAGAUUUUAAUCGAUAAUAGUGAUAAAUCGAUUUGAAUCGAUUCAUAAUCGAUAAAGACAAUUGUGAAUACGUGGGAUUCGAGAGACUGAUCGAAUGUUUUAUGUAAUGUUUAAAAAUAAAUAAGGAAUGUAAUUUAUUUGUUUUAUAAAUAAGAGCAGAA